AUGGCGGCUUCGUUCACUGCGCCUUCGGAAAAUCACAAUAAAUGGUACUUCACACGCGAACAAAUCGAAAACAGCCCAUCUCGCCGAGCGGGACUUGAUCCUGACAAAGAGCUGUCAUAUCGACAGCAAGCCGCAAAUCUGCUGCAGGACAUGGGACAGCGACUCAACGUGUCACAACUUACAAUAAACACUGCCAUUGUGUAUAUGCAUCGGUUCUACAUGAUCCAGUCUUUCACCCGCUUCCAUUGGAAUGUGAUUGCCCCUGCAGCUCUGUUUCUAGCAGCGAAGGUGGAGGAACAGCCUCGAAAGCUUGAGCAUGUGAUUAAAGUGACCCAUGCAUGUCUGAAUCCUCAGGACCCAUCGCCGGACACUAGGAGUGAUACAUACCUGCAACAAGCCCAAGACCUGGUCAUACUUGAGAGCAUUAUACUCCAGACCCUGGCGUUUGAGAUCACUAUUGACCAUCCACACACACAUGUUGUCAAGUGUACCCAGCUUGUACGAGACCUUUCAUUUGUUGUUCCAGCGAGUAAGGAUUUGGCUCAGACCUCAUAUUUUAUGGCAACAAACAGUCUCCACUUGACUACGUUCUGCUUGCAGUAUAGCCCACCCAUCGUAGCUUGUGUUUGUAUUCAUCUGGCCUGUAAAUGGUCCAACUGGGAGAUUCCUGUCUCCACGGACAGCAAGCAUUGGUGGGAGUAUGUUGAACCCACAGUAACCCUUGAGCUGUUGGACGCGCUCACUCAUGAGUUCCUGCAGAUCUUGGAGAAGACGCCAAGCCGAUUAAAGCGCAUCAGAAACUGGAAAGCUGCAGGUCAAACUGGCAAGAAAUCAAAGGUUCAAGAUGGUGAUCCGUCAGAUACCAUUAUGAGCAUGAUCUCCAUGGCAGCAUCUGACAGCGCAUUGGCCGGGCUGAUGAGCCUUUCUGACACUCCAUCUGGUUCCUCAAUGUCUUUGUUAGAAGACGACGCUACAGCUUCGUCCCAACACUGGCAGCCUGGUGGUAAGGAGCAGCAGGGCACUAACGAGCUCCAAGUACCCGCAAAGGUGGUGUCUCUGAGCGAGUAUCGGGCUAAGCAUGCGGACGAGCUGGCGGAACAAAAGAGGAAGCUGGAGAACAUGGAGGCCAGCGUGAAACAGGGUUAUGCCACCGCUGCCCAGGCCCUCAUGAAGCAGAGGAAAGACAAACACCAUCAUCACCAGCAGCAGUCCAGCUCUGGGUCAUCAGGCCUGGGAAAGCCCUCAACCGUUGUCCUAAAGAUCCCAUUGGAUGAGCAGUCGGAGCGGAACUCCCUGAAGAUGCGCUUCCCUGUUCCAGCAAGCCAAUCGGCAAGCAGUAGCAGUCGAGCAUCUGAGCAGGACAUUAAGGUGCGAAUUCGGGUUCCAGAAAGGCGAAGUGGAUCUGGAGAAGAUGGGAAGAGUCGAGAGAAACACAGAGAACGCUCCAACCACCACCACCAUCAUCACCAUCACCACCACUCUUCCACCAGCAGCUCUUCAUCCUCCUCGUCUUCCUCAUCCUCAGCACAUAAACAUUCAAGUUCUGCCAAUGUUUCUGGAAGUAGCAAAAAGGUCUCAGGUGACUCUGUGCGAAUGAGUUCUUCAUCAUCAAGAAAAAGGACACAUAUGCCAGGACCUUCUGCUGGUAUCCACCCUUCAAAAGUCAGCAAAUCCUCUAGAAACUCUUUUCAGUUACCCCCGCUUUCUGGAGUUCCUGCCCACUCCCUGGGUCUCUCGUCCGACAUCCUCCCCUCACUGAGCCUCUCGCACCAUCAGGGAAAUUAUUCACUCUCCAAGACAGACAAGGCCGACACAAAUGGCCACAACACGGGCAGCCAGUCCAAUGAGUUUCAGGACACUUUUGACAUGUUGAACUCAUUGCUCAGUGCGCAGGGGGUGCAGCCGGCGCAACCACAAAUGUUUAACUAUCGCCCUCAGUAUGGAGAGUACCGAUAUAGCAGUAGCGCUCGUGGAGGAACCCACCCCCCGCCGCUUCCAUCAGAACCCCCUCCCCCAUUGCCGCCACUGCCCAAAUAACUCCAUGGACAUUCAUCUGUCCAUGAUAUGCUGAUCAGAUCAGUCAUCUUUGGAAUCCUGAGUUCCUCUUGUGCGUCCAACUUUCAGUGAUAUUCAGUAUGACAGCAAAGUAAUUUAAGGCAAAAAUGUGUACCUUUCUUUUUAGUCUGGUACAUCAGUCAUCCCACUUUGCCCCAUGUGGUUUUCUGUUUGUUUUGUGUGAUUGUGUGUGCGAGUGUGUUCACAACACCCAUCUGUGGCAAUAAUGGUAAAAUAGAACAAAAUAUUGAAAAAAAUAAAAUAAGGAUAAGCAAAAUGUUAUUUAUUAAAAAUUGUACAAACUAUUUUUGAUGUUGCUUGGUUUUAUAUCAGCACUAUAUCCAACAGAAAUACAUAAUGGAAAAAGGGUGUGUAUAACUGAACGAGAGGGACCUUGUGUUUUAGUCAUUGUCCUCUUUAAAAAAGUGUAACUUUGAAUGCAAAAUGAAAAGGUUUGUCUUGCUAACAAUGUAAGUGUCUUUUUUUAAUCAAGUAUGGUAUUUAUUAUUAGCCUUUUAAAACUAGUCAUUAGCAGUCGUUGCUUGAAUUCGUCAGACGAUAUCUGGAUUUAUUUUUAUACUGUUGUAACCUGCUUCCCAGUCUGAAUUUACUUGAUAAGUCAUGUAUGUUUUGAGAAUGGACAUACAAAUCCCCAUAUUUGCAUCAAAUUUUAUGUUUCUAAUAUAUGAAAAGUCACUGAAGUAAUGUUAUAAUUUUGUUAGAUAAAUAUUUGUGGUCAUUUUUUUUUUUUUUUGUCAUUUACACUGCAUUAAUGAUGUAAAUGACUGAAAAUUCACAAAACAAUCUAAAAACAAGAAUAUGCCUAAUUUAGGAAUAUGUCUGGUGGUAUCUUGGAUUUAGGAUCCCGAGUCAAAUGCAGUCAUUGUUUAAAAUGGUUGUAGAGUAUCACACUCAUUUAUAUUACACUAAAACAGUUUGUCCAGCUUAUAAUUGUUUCAUUUAUUUUUUUAUAUAUAUAUAAAAUUGUAAUAGACAAACCCAAAUUAUUUCAGUUACAAGAUAUGGGCCAUUUGCCAUAUUUGUGAUGGACACUGACUGUGGUGGGGAUACUUAGUUUUUCCACGUGCCAUUCUGUCUUGUGCACAGCGGAGUGCUCAGCAUUUCAAAGUAUACUCUUUGACUGCGAGUCCAUAUGGACAUAUUUGAUGCAUACACACUAUGACUGCUUUAUGAUACUCUUAUAUCACAGUUGAUGCACAAAGAUGCGGACAGUCCGUGGGGCUAGAAAACUAGGCUGCACUAGGGCAGUCUGCGCAUACUGUGCUUAUGAAAUUUGCCCUGUGCGCAAGAUGUAUGGCCAUAAGUUGGAGUAGAUGGCAUAUUUAAUUGGAUACGAACAAAAACAAUGCUGUGAUGGUGUAAUGUACAGUCUGUUCAGUGUGUCGUACUGUUGUUUCGAGGAAUGGAGUGUGAUGUAAGCCAUCGAAACAUUGAAAAUGCAUUAAUCUUUUGUACGUUUCUGCAUAACGAUGAACAACAGUUUGACAUUCAAAAGAAUCUGUCAGUUUACACAAGAAUGGUUUAACAAACUGUAUAUGAAUUUGUUCUACCGGUACUUGUUUUAUAAGGAAUGAGGCCAAUGGAACAGACUGUACUUUUGUUGAGUCACUGCCUCAUUUUCAUUUGUGUCAAAUUAAAUAUGCUGUCUACUAUUAUAAUGCCCACAUUUGUCAUUCAUUUGUAAUUAAAAUGUCAAAUCGACACUUGAAGAUUGAAUGGCAAGCAUGCUGACCACAACAUAAGAAUACGUUCAUGUUUAAUUGUUGUAAUUGUAAUUUUUCUUUAAGCAUUAUCACAGUCUCUCUAAUUUUGACAGAUUGAUAACCCAUACGAUAAUGACUCCAUGGAUGCUCAAGUUAGCAUUAAAGCUGGUGAGAACUUAAGUGUUUUGGGGUAAUCAGUCUUUGUCACCGUAUUCAUAUCUUGCUUGAUCAUGUCUAGCAAAGUUUGUAUGCAGAAAAUAGCACAAUAAUGCAGAUUACAAUAUUGAUCACUAUUAUACUAUUUAACUGUCCUCUUUGGAAUUUCAUGGCAUGCUUUUCGUUGCUAAAUCUACAAGACAAAAAAUGGGAGCAUGGAAUUUCUAAUGUCAGAGUAAAUUGAAUAAAUAUUGCAUUCUUUUAAGAUUUUAGCAGGGAUUCCUUCAUACUUGUAUCUGUUUCCUGGUGUUAACGUUGUGCCUGUGAGGAACAUUUCAGGAACAUUUGUGAAAUGAUAUGAAACACACUAUAAGCUAUAUGAAAGAUCUAAUUGUUUGUUCACAAUUUUGGCAUAUAUUCCCUAUAUGAUGCACUCCUCAUUUACCAUCCUAAUGCUUUAUCAUUAAAGUUAGAGCUUGAAAUGUUAAACAUCCUGUUUUAUUUUUGUGUUUGCUGGUUUUUAGUUGGUUUAAGAAGAUUGAAGGCGGCGGCGGCAAUGUGCGAGCCUUAUACAAUUCAUGUUACCACUGUAUUUUCUAUGUACCUCUGUCUGAAGAAGAUAGCAUUUUAUCAAAUGUACAUGCUGUUUUCUGUGUAUUAGUGGUAUCACAUGAACUCUCAGGUUUUGAAUUCAAUUGUCGGGAUGUUUCUUGUCAGAAGUUAAGGUUUGCAUUUUUGUGAACUCAGUUCCUUUUUAUAAAUGUGGUUGAUAUAAUCUGUAAAUUAAUGUUUUAUGAGAAACAACUUGUGAGUGUCUUUCUUAAAGAUUGCACUGUAUAUUAUUAUAACGUGUCAGACAUUGUAAUGCUUUUUGCAGGUAGUUACUUCACUGAUUUUUAAACAAGUAUAAAGUUACCGGUUUUGCUUCUACCUGAUGUCAACACCUUCAUGGUUUGCCUUUGAAUUCAGUACUGUAAUAAAGAGA